UUCAUCAUCAUCAGAACAAAUAUAAGGAAGAAUUGAUGGAGAGAAGAGAGGCAAGGCGACAAUGUCUGGAGGUAUCUCAUUGCAACCCUUUCGAUCCCAGCUUGCCGCCUUUUGAAAUAAAUCGACGUCCUUUGAUUCCCGACCUUAUUCUCACUCGAGAACAACUUGCCAGAGCUUACAGACCUAAAUAUGUGGUGUUCAAUGGCAAAAAAAUACCAGCAGGAACCGUAGCCAAUUAUAUAAAUCACAGGCCACCUUGCUUUCCACUGAAACCUCGUGGGGAUUCUACUGGCAAAGACCUUAGCCUGUCACCACCUGCAACCGCAACAGGAACCAACGCUGAAGUGGGUGGGGGAUCCAAGGGCCCUGCUGCAGAUCCAUCAGAACCAGUUGGCAUCAAAGCUGAAGGCACCAAAGCUGAAGUGCAAGGUGGAUCUCUUCUCAAGCGACCCUGCGACGUUCUUGGCGAGUCAAGUGAUAUCUUGCGGGAGGUUAAAAAGCAAACGGUAGCAAAGCGGAAUUGAAAGGAGGAACCACAUUUAACAAGGAUCUUGGCUAGUCAAGUUAUACGGGUGAUCCACUCUUAGAUUUUGGUUUCGAAUGUCGAUGAAGAUGUUGUGGAAUGUUUAAAUAAAUUUGGGCGAAUGUUGGCCUUUGUAUUAUCACUUGUCUGUUUCUCUGGAUUCUAUGCGUGUACUAUCUGUUGACCUUUUGGUUAUGAGCGCCUCUUAUUGUGCGUCGAAUAGGUUGCCCGUAGGGCAUUUUAAUAUUUUCUUUGCUCA